GCUGGGCGGUUGCGCACUGACGGCCUUUGGAGAGCUGUCUUCCAGCCGGAGAGCCGCAGGUAGCCGGGCACCAUGUUCCGCAGGAAGCUGCAGGCUCUGGAUUAUCACAACCCAUCCGGCUUCAACUGUAAAGACGAAACAGAGUUUCGAAACUUUGUUGUUUGGUUAGAAGAUCAGAAAAUCAGACACUACAAAAUAGAAGAUCGGGGGAAUCUAAGAAAUAUCCACAGCAGUGAAUGGGCCAACCAGUAUGACAAGUAUUUGAAAGACGUCUCGUGCCCCUUCAAGUCUCAAGAACGUCAGGAAGGAAUAGACUGGCUUCUGGGUCUUGCAGUACGCCUCGAGUAUGGCGAUAAUGCUAAAUACCAGAAUGCAAAACCGCUGACCACAGAUGCCACGAAGAGUGUGGAGCCAUUAAUAAACCUGGAUGUGAACAACCCAGACUUCAAAGCUGGAGUGAUGGCCUUAGCAACCCUCUUGCAGAUUCAGAGACAUGAUGAUUAUUUGGUGAUGCUUAAAGCAAUACGAAUUCUUGUCCAAGAACGACUGUCCACAGAAGCCGUUGCAAAAUCCAACAGCUCGAAGGAGGGUCUCCCCAUCGCCCUGGAUAAACACACACUUGGAUUUGAUACUGGAGAUGCAGUAUUAAAUGAUGCCGCCAGAAUCCUGCGAUUACUUCAUGUUGAAGAACUCCGAGAACUUCAGACCAAGAUCAACGAAGCGAUUGUCGCUGUUCAGGCAAUUAUUGCUGAUCCCAAGACUGACCACAGACUGGGCAAAGUGGGCAGAUGAGAACAAUUAUUGGCUCACACUCCGAGACCCUCGUACCGGAAACGCCCAGCAUGCGGCACUGAGUUCCCCUCCCCCCUUGUAUAGUUGUAACAAGGUAAAAUAAAAAUCUUCCUGUUUUGUUUCACA